UUUCCUCUGGAGCUAACAACAGUCGCCUCGGCUCUGACUGAUAACCUUAACCCAUCUUAACAACCACACCGUCUAAGGAUAACUUCAUGACAUUGGGACAGGUGCCGUUUAGAAGACGUACGAUGACUUUAUGUCAGUGAGCGAGUUCGUCAGAGUAUUCCGUAGCUGGAUUUAUUACCCUCGCUACCUUGGAAGCUAACUCGCUAGCAUUAAGCAGCUCGGAUAAAUAACGUCGGCUGCGCUCACUCAAAGGUAAUACGUGAAGAAGAGUGUGUUAUCCUGAACGACACACGCGGAACCAGACUGAGGGGAUGGUGCAGCCCCAGCCGGAUGGCCCGAUGCAGUGGGACAUGUCAGGAGAGGACAGUGGAGGCGCCCUCCGCGUCCCACCAGAGCUGGCGGCCAAUGAAGUGGUGACCAGGUUGCUGGGUGAUAACCAGCAGCUUAGAGAGGCCCUGCGGCGAAGCAACCUGACCUUGCGUCAGCGCUGUGAGGAGAUGGAGGGAUGGCAACGAAGGACGAGAGAGGAAAGAGAGUUUCUCAGCUCUCGCUUCCAGGAGGCCAGGUCCCUGGUGGAGAGGCUGGCCCAGGAAAACCACUCCUUACAGAGUCUGGUGAAUGGACCAACCUCACCGUCAUCUCACUGCUCCAGCCAGACAGAAGACCUGCAGGGACGCCCGGCAAGGAACGGUCCACACGAGGGACCACAGGUUAGCAUGUCUCUAGAUCAGCGUGAGAGAAAGAGAGUCAAAGAGAUGGAUCAACACACACAGACCACACCACCUCGCAGCCUGGAUGUCUCCUUGAGUAGCUCCCUCCCCACUCCCCCCACCUCAUUUUCAGAGGUACUGGGGGAGGUAAUGGGCAGGGGAAAUGGCCAGCCCGUGGAAGGUGCAAAUGAGUUCCUGCAGCUGCUGAAGAGCCACAAAGAAAAGCUGGAGGAAGGCAUGAAAGAGCUGAGGACGAAGAAUGAAGAGCUGGAGAGGGACAGAGAAGAGGGAGAGAAAGAGAGGGAGCGGAUGUGUCGCUGCAUUGACCAGCUACGCUCCAAACUGGCCCAGGCACAGGCAAACAGUGUUGCUGAGGAAGUUGUUCAACAUCGCUCUGAGGCACAGCACUCCUCUGACAGGUAUCGGGAGCUUGAGGAGAAGCUUGACUACCUGCAGAAGAGUUCAGCUCAGCGGGACAGAACUGAAGCUCUGCUGAAACAGAAGGACAAGGACUGUUCUCAGUUAGCAAAGGACUGUGAGGCUCUGAAAGCUCAGGCAACUUCCUUAUUAGGAGAACUGAACGAGAGACAGAGCUGUCUAGACAAAAGCGAGCACGAACGCAGAUUUUUGGAAGACAAGCUGACCAAUAAACAGAGGGCCCUGCAGUCGACAGAGCGGGAGCUAGAGAACGUGAGGAAGCAGAAUCAUGUGGCCACAGACAAGCUUCUGCUGCAGACCCAGAGCCUGGAGAUGGCCCUGAAGCAAGAGAGACAUGUGGUCACAGAGGAGAAGAAAAAACUAACACAACUGCAGCAUGCCUACACGUGCCUCUUUAGAGACUAUGAUUCUAAACUGAAGAGUGAGGGAGGAGAUCUGUGCAGCCGACUAGAGGAGGCAGAGCGAGCGCUGGCCCUGAAGCAGGAUCUAAUCGAUAAACUGAAGGAAGAGGUGGAGCAACAGAAAGGCUCACUGGAGACAGUUCCUGUCCUCACUGCUCAGGCUGAGAUCUACAAGGCAGAUUUCCUAGCAGAGCGAGAAGCAAGAGAGAAGCUGAACCAGAAGAAAGAGGAGUUGCAGGACCAACUGACUCAGGCCAUAACUGAGAUUGACAGGCUCAAACAGGAUGCCACAUCACGCGCACGUAUGGAGCAAAUGAAGAUGAGGCACGUGGAAGACUUUCCACCACGGGUGCCACACAUUCCUCCUCCACAAGGUCUGUUCCCUGGUCCAGCUUUUAACACGGUGCCCGCUGCCACCUCAUUCCGUAAUCAGGGAUUGGUUCAAGUCGGGGAUCAAGGGGCAGCUGGAGCUGAGGAGCUGCCAGAUUUAUGUUGUCCCAAGUGCCAGUACCAGGCUCCAGAUAUGGACACACUGCAGAUACAUGUCAUGGACUGUAUACAGUAACAUGAGCAGAAUUCAGCACACCAUGACACCAACACACACACAUUCGCAGAUAUAUAGUACAGUAUAUUUACAUUUUGGACAUUCAGCCUGUCUGCUGCCAGCUCUGGGCACAGCCUGGGGGAAACAUUUUUUGCACCUUACUCUCUCUGUCAUGCAAACACACACACACAAAUACGUACUAAGCAAUUUAAAAUGUUUAAUAUGUUGGAAUCAAGUGGAAAUCAGAUGACAGUAUGAACAAGUUAAACAAAAAGAAUCAACUUAGUAUUUUCGUAGAACCGUUCCACAGAUUAUGUUUCUGCUGUAGCUUUUUUCCAUUCUGCAACCCAUACCUUUUCUCCCCAUCCUUUUUCACUCCCAGCACCUCUUCUGUAAUUUCCCCUCCUCCCUCUUUCCUUUCCUUUCCGUGCCUUGCCUGUGGGACACUGAUGCCCAUGCCCAUCAGUGUUUCUUGCCUCAGUCCCAUUUCUAGUCUCUCUUCACUCCAGUGGCAUAGUGGAAACUGAGGAGUAAACUACAUAGUGGGGACUAAGCAUGAACAUGUAGACUUUGACUCUAUCAUCCAUGUUGUUUACAUGAGUAAUUAUCAUCGGGCCUAAAGUGAUGAUAUUUCACUUGAAAAAUCACAAUUCACAAGGGUAAUUAUCCCUACAAAGGAGAAAACACAUGACAAUGUGAACAACUUGGUGAGCUUGAAAUCAUUCAUAUUUAAAUAUAGUUUGGACAUAAAUGUUGCUUGUCUAUGUUACCUCAAAACAUGUACUAUAACGUAUUAGAGAUGGAUUUACUCCAUUGAAAAAGUAGCCAUUCUCUGUGUUCUGUGCCUGUGUAUACCUUUGACAGCACUUCUUCUUAACCAUGAGCUCCCUGUGCCCCUGAUUCUGUCUUCUCUUUACCUGUGACACCCAGCUAUUUAUCUUUCUGAAUGUAAGCACAUAGAAGUUCCUUCACUGUGUGUGUGAAUAUUGGCUGUAAUUAUCAAUCAUUCAGUGCAAAGAAUAUUGUUUUGAAACUGUUAAAGAUUUACCAAAUAAAUCAGUUAUUCAUUA